ACUGCUAUUGCGAUAAUAGUCGCAAACUGCAGCACACGAUCAUAACAACAUUUCCUGACUUGACAGUCCAACUGAACUGUGAGUGACUGUGUCAUACUUUGCUUGAUUGAUGGUACUACUAGGUCUACAUUUUAGCUUUGCAACUGAGAAAGAGGUAAAAGAAUGAAGUCUAUAUUUUCAUCAGGAAGCUCUACAUAUGUUUAGGACAAGGAUCAAGAUUUCUUUCUCCAAUAUUCGAAUGCAAAGAAAAAAAUUCACAUGACAAAUGAAAGUGUCUGAAAUAAAAACCAGCUGCAACCAAACCAGUUAUGUCGUAUUGUGUGAGAAAAAAGCAAAAAUUAAAUUGCGAACAGCCUUACAUCUGUCAUAGAAAAGCAAGAAGUAAACAGGAUUCAAGGCCACACCUGAAGGAACAGUGUGGUACAUCUCAUGAUAUGCCAGAUCAAAAUUUUGGAGCCUUGUUCUCCAGAUUGCCUUUGGAAUGCAAAGUAAGAAUAUUUUCCUUUUUAAGCGACACUGAUAAAUGUGAGGCUGCCAAAGUGUGUUCAGAAUGGGCUGGGGUAAUGAGAACACCACGUCUGUGGCAAGUGGCUGAUUUCACCUUUGUUUUGGCUCAAGGAGAUCUCCCAAAGGAUAAGUGCGAAGCCAUCAAAUGUAUCAAGGAUAGGGCCACAAACUACAUCUAUCACUUUGUGUCAAGAGGAGCCCUGCUGCAUCACUUGUUCUUCCAGCUGGAUAUCAUCGAGGGCGAGGAAAUAUGGCUAAAGUUCCUGAUCUAUCUCCUCAAAAUGACCAACUCGCAUGAACUCAAAGUGGUCCAUGCAGAGUGGACAUCCUCUCCAGAAUUCAUGCCAUUUCAGGCACCAGAGAUUACCUGGAAAUCAGACAGGGUCAAAUCGUUCUUGUGCCUGCUGAUGGCCCUCGGUGACAUGUGCCCUUCCAUUGAAGAAAUCCAUACCCCUUUUGAUUGGUCUUUUUCUUCAGUCAAAGCACUCUCAACCUUCAAGCAGCUACACACAUUGGAGCUGGAUAAGUACUGGGUGUUUUCUGUCCUGAGAGAGGAGAACCUGAAUUACUUGCUGGAGAGCUUGCCGUGUCUGAAGAGGUUCAAGCUGAGUGUGAGUGUGCCGUUAAUCGGAAUGAUGUCAUUUCCACAGUACAUCAUGAGGUCAGAAUCACUGGAGGUGCUGGACAUCUCUAACAGUACUUGUUUCUUUCUCAGGAGUGUACAUCUACCAGCUUUAACAUCGAUAUCCACCUCAAGGAAUCGUUGGACUGGUCCAUUGUUGUCUAGAGAAGCCUUGAGAGUGCAUUGCCUCUACAACAUUCUAAAGACUGGUGCACCAAGACUAACUGUUUUUAACCAAUGCAUUGUGGGAUAUGACUGGAGGUCAACGGUUACACAAGAGUUUGAGGAUGCUUUGAAAUCAAGUUGCUACUGCUCAAGCCAUAAAAGAGGAAGCUUUCUAUUUUAGACCAAUACUCUGAACUAUAUUUUUUUAUGCAAUUUUUUUUUUCAGAGAAUGUAGGGAAAAUCUCAACAAAACAAUUAUUACAAGAAACCAAAUUUUGAAUAGAUGUAAAAUGGACACGCAAAGUACCAGGAUUUAUUUGUGGUUUCAGAAAUUUGUAUGAUGUUAGUAGUAAAUGCCAUUAAGAUUAAUUUUAUGGGAAUAAUCUCUGCACCAAAAUCAACAAGUCUUUUGUCUACUUGUGGAAGUGAUUUGAAAUUCAUAGGCAUUUUUUUCUGUGUAAUUUACCGGUAGCAAUAUAUACUUACAUGGGAUUUUAUCUUAUUUGAAAAUAUACU